AUGGGCAAGAAGGCAGCAAUCAUUGGAUACGGCCCGGCGGGACUAGCGUGUGCAGACCAGUUCCACCGGGCUGGCCACACGGUGACCAUCGUCUCGCCCAAGCCUCCGCCUCUCGCGCCCGGCGAGCGCUCCUUAUAUAGCCCCACACCCCCUCGCCGCCAUCCAACUGCCUGCCCAUUCGACCAACCGUUUGCGCUGCCAAAAAGCGCACAGCCUAUAAAAAAGAUUCUGUCGCCAUCCAGCUCCCCUUUGAUCGACCGUUUCCACCGCCAGAAAGCGCACAGCCUAUAA